AUGGGUUUUCUUGGAUCGUGGGAACAGAAGGGAGCCGACGCAAUUUCUGAAAAACGUGACAAACGUCAUAAAAAGAACAUUGUUGUGCCUGUGACGGUACGUGGGCACGCGGAGGUGCGCGUGGAGUUACAAAUGGAGCGGUGGGCGGCGCGCGGCGGCUCGGUGCGGCUCCGCUGCGUGCACGACGUGCCGCCCCAUCUCCUUGACAAAGUGGUCUUCCUCCGACACGGCACCAAAAUCUUCCAGUACAUUAGGGACCGGAAACCGCCUUAUAGAAACUUUACUACGCCCGGAGCCGUGCUCAACAUCGCCUUAGCUACGGAAAACUCUAUAAUCCUGCAGAACUUGGAUUUCGCUGCGAGUGGCAGCUACUCGUGCGAGGUGUCACUCGACACCCCUAUAUACACGAAAGCCUCCACUGAAAAACAGCUCACAGUGUUCCAUUACGAAAAUAUGAAUGUCUUUGUUACAAAUUAA